AUGUCUUUAUACCAAGAUUUCAAAAACUGGAUAACCAUAUGGGUGCUUACAUUUGCAUUCAGUUUUCCAAGGACGGAUUAUCCUCGCCGUGCCAUCCAUUACUUGCAAAUGUUUUUGUAUAGAUCACGUUCAGACUGGAUACAUAAAGAAGAAUCUCGUGGUCAUUGGAUAGCGGAAGACUUGAAGCGAAAUGCAAAGAGAGAAGCCAUCACUGAUAGAAUUUCAGAGGCAAAUGUCAUUUUCUUGUGGAUUCCCGGCGGCGGAUUUCGCUUCGAUUUAGGAAAGCUGUACACACCCACCUUUGCGACUUGGAUCCGGGCACUAGAAGCAGACAAGAGUAUCAAGAGUAUGGUGUUUGUUGCAGACUACAAGCGUGGGCCUGAAGAGCUGUUUCCUACGGCUGUCAACCAAAUAGCAGACACAUACAACUGGCUCACCAACACAUUGAACAUUGAUCCCAAAAAGAUCAUUAUUGGAGCUGACGAUGCGGGUGCUGCUAUUGCACUAGAUACCUUAUUUACAAAGAUUCCCUCAGAUCAGAAACCAGCAGGCAUGAUUUGCGCUUCACCAUACACCGGCUUAGAGGCAGGCGGUGAAUCAUGGAGAGCCAAUUUGGGACAAGACAUUAUCAACGAAAACUCGGUGAAUCGCAUGGAAUUGGCCUACUUGGGGCCAGAGAAGAAUGACUCUGACGACGAAUCAGACGACGGUAAGCCAGAAGUGAGUCCGUUUGUGUACUUGAGAGAGCAUGUUCAACUGGGAUCCUUCCUACCAUCUCGCAUGCUGUUCUUCUUGGGUGGAAAGGAAGUCUUGCUGGAUGAAGGUGGUCUUUUGGCUUCAAGAGCCAGAGGCUCAGGUAUUCAAGUUGUUGUUGUGCAAGAGCCUUCAGGUGUUCAUCUUUGGUCCAUGCUGCCAGAUGUCUUUAUCAAAGAUCCGUCUGUAAAGCAGUAUAUGCUUGACAGGUUUGUCGACUUCGUUGCAGGAACCAUUAAGAAAUGA